AUGGCCGCACGAAUAGCUGCACGGCUGCUAAGAGGCAAAGGAUCUGACGUGGCAUUCACAGCAGCGACCAGCGGCCAUGUAGCCGAGGGUGUUUCCGCAGGCUCGGAAGGUGCAGUCGGUUCGGCAAGCGCAGCCUCAGCAGCGAAAGACUCGGAUGCGGAUGCAGCAGCGGGGGGGGCAACCGGCGCGGGGGAGAAAGCGGGGGGCCAAGCGGAGGCGGAAGCGGGGGAGGCGGAGUGGGGGACGUACCGCGAUAGGCGCGUGGCGGUGCGGAGCUUCAGUGGGGAGGCACGCGGAGAGGCGGUGCUGGACGGGACUAUAUUCGACGUGCCUGUACGGAGAGACAUCGUGCACCGCGUGGUGUGCUGGCAGCUCGCGAAGCGCCGCCAAGGCACGCACAGCACGAAGCGCGCAUGUGAGCUGCGAGGGACGUCCAGCAAGCCGUGGAAGCAGAAGGGCACGGGGCGGGCCAGGCAUGGGUCACGGCGAGGGCCACAGUUCCGGGGCGGAGCCGCCAUGCACGGCCCCAAGCCGCGGUCGCACGCCUUCUCGCUCAACAAGAAGGUCCGCGCGCUCGGGCUCAAGGCAGCGCUGUCCGCACGGCUGAGAGAAGGACAGCUGGUCCUGUACUCCGAUUUGGAUCCGGGCAGCCCGAAAACGAAAGACAUGGCACAGCACAUUGCCACGGCGUUCCCUGAGUCAAAGAAGAUCCUUUUCGUCGACGGGUCGCAACGGGCAGAUGAAACUUUGCUCCGGGCAUCUGGGAAUCUGCACUACGUGAAUGUGCUGCCAGUUGUGGGUCUGAACGUGUACAGCAUUGUGCAGCACGACGCACUUGUGCUCUCGCUGCCGGCCCUGCAGGCCUUGGAGCACCGCCUCCUCUCCGCGAAGCGGCCGGCUCGGCCAGGCCUGGAGGAGAAGCUCGGCGCUGCUGCAGCUGCCACGGUUUGA